AACCGGGCCGGGAUCCGGGCGGCUGGCUGUGCGCUGGCAAGUUCAAAGCUCGUCUAGUGUCCGGGCUGCACAAACCCUGUCCGCUCUCUCUCGCGACUCGUCCGCUUCUAGCAGCUUCCAGAAGCAGCUGCGCGCAUGCGCGACCGCCCCUCGCCGAGCGGCCGCCAUCACCGAGGCACCGGCCAAUGGGAGAGGAGGGUCUGCCGCACGUGAUCUGUUGACGCCGAGAGUCGCCAUGUUGGGAGAGGAAGCCUGCCCCCGGGCGCCCAGGAGACGGAGGAGGACAGGUCUUCCUGACAGGCUCGCUCACAGCAGGGAGCCAGCCCGGGACAGCGGAGCCGACAGCGGGACAGCGAUGGCAGGAAAGACGGGGGAUGUGUUCAGCGGGGAACCGGGAGAGCCGGCCGGAGGAGGACUGGCCGGGAAGCUCUGGCUGCCGCGGGGGCUGUCCGGGGGCGUGGCGCGGGAGUGGCUGGAGCGGCGCCGCGCCGCCAUGCGCCCGUGGGCGGGGUUUGUGGACCAGCGGCGGUUCUCCAAGCCGCGCAACUUCGGGGAUCUGUGCCAGAGAGUCGUCCGCAACCUGGACACCUACCAGAGCAACUACACCUUCAUCUUCCUCGGCCUCAUCCUGUACUGCAUCAUCAGCUCCCCGUUGCUGUUACUGGCCCUGGCUGUGUUCGUUGGCGCGUUUUAUGUCAUCCACCUCAAGAGCCUGGAGAAGAAACUGGUGCUGUUUGGGAGGGAGGUCACUGGGGGACACCAGCUGGCCCUGGCAGGAGCUGUGUCCUUCCCUGUGUUCUGGUUGGCUGGAGCAGGAGCAGCUGUGUUCUGGGUGCUGGGUGCAACGCUGGCUGUGAUUGGGUCUCACGCAGCCUUCCGUGAGCUGGAGAAUGGGGACCUGGAGGAGCUCACCAUGGAACCUGUCUGACCCCUGACCUCCUGCUCCUCUUCACCCUGUUUCCCUAGUUACUCUUGCCUCUUUGUCACACAAAUAUUCAGUCAUUGUGACGACGCA